UAUCAUUUAAGAAUUUUUGCACAAUGAAAUUUUAUUCAUUUAUUUUAAUAUUUAUUGUCGUUUUCGUCUUGCCAUCAGACAAAGGACUUCAUUGCAAAAUUUAUCAUGCUAUGUAUGGAAAUUAUAUCGAAAGGGUGGUGAGUCACAUUUAUUCACAAAUUAUAUCGUAUCGAAAACGAGAUUCAAAUAAUACUAUUGAUAUAGAGGAAGCUCUUCAACCAAACACGAACAUGUUAAAAUUUAGAUUAAGAUAUUGUUAUAUCAUAAGUAUACUCAAUUUUAAGUACAUUGAAAUACUGAAAAAAAUUCUUGAUUUAAUAAAACAUAUCAUCAGUAAAUGCCAGCAAUAUUAUCAAAAAAAUUUAGUGAAUAAUUUUAUUGCUUGUGUGCAAAUGCUUGAAAUAAUUGUAAAAAAUUCCAAGACUAUGAUUGAAAAUCUACACAAUGCUAUGAAGUUUUUAAGCUACAUAGAUAUAAGAUUUUUGUUUUCUGAAGGCUUCGUGCCACAUCCUAUAUUUGAUGUAAUCGACUUUAUAUAUCAGUACGUUUUAAAAAAAAGUUUGGAGUCCAGCACUAUUGAUCUCAACAAAUCACCUUAUGAAAUUUUUGAAAUGAAACUUGAGAAUUUGACAAUAUUUCAAACAGACGCAUCAAAAAAAGUAAACAUUUUUUUUCAAAAUUGUUAUUUAAUGGACAUUUUGCUAACAAAUGAUUUUAAAAAUAUUAAAAUUGCGAAAUUACCUAAUGACUUAAAGUCUGCAAAAAGUAAACGACUUAAUAAGUUUUUCAACGAAAUUGUUGAAGUUUGGUACAAAAACCUAGGAUUUGAAGAAUUUCUCAACCCUAAAACAACAGAAUUCAUACCUCCAAUAGAUCCAGAUACAAAUCAAAAUGAUGGAGUUAAAGCUCUCAAUAUUCUUCGUAAGGAAUCUGGUUGGAAAAAAAUGAACCACAUAAGUAUAGUUUAUUUUGGUAAACAAUUCAGUGUUGAUCGUAUAAUAUAUGAUGAAGUUAGUAACAUAAAUUUUCGAAUAAAAAAAGAACAUGUAUCACAAUUAUUAAGAUGUAGAUUUACAGAAAUAAUGAUAAACUAUCAUACAUUAUUAUAUGCUAUGUUACAUGUAUGCAAUAAAGAUGCAUUCAACUAUUACCAUAAUUGUUUGACUGAAUUAUUUAGCUCAUUCGUUAAAUCAAAAAAAAUGCUUGAAGAUUUGUAUGAAGCUUUUGUUACUUUAAAUAAAUCAUCAAUAUGGAGUGUUAAUUAUACUUCUGAAUCAUGUUUACGUGUAGUUUUUGAAUGGGUUGCAGAUUUUCUCAGCUUAUUGGAGAACAAUGAUUUUUCUCUAAAAAAUAUUGAUAAUAAUGAAAUCGAAAUAGUUGAACAACUUCUAGUAAUUUUUGAAAACAAAUUAAUAACUUUUAGCUCUCAGUUAUCGAACGAUUUGAGUCAAUAUAAUUUCCGGUGUCAAAUAGAAGAUAAAUUUAAAAAUGUUAAGUAUUAUGUAAACUAUUUUAGAAAUCCAGGAAAUAUAUCAAUUCAUUUAAAUCCUGCAUUUUCAAUCCCAAUUAUGUUUAAUGCAUGUAAUUUUUUUGAAAGUUUUUGUGAAAAUGUUAGUAAAUCAUGUUAUCAAGAUUUGGGUUUUGAAAAACUUUCUCACUGUAAAAACAAAGAAUUAGACUACAAACUUCUUUAACUUAUGUCUAAUUUACUAAGAUCUUAAAUUGCAUAUUGAUCUUUGAAUUAACGAUUUUUUUCCGGACAUAUACAGAGUGAUUUUUUUUUUAUCAUAACCCACUCAAUUACUAACAGAAUAUUUGAACAUUUUUUUUUUUUAGUUAUCUUUAGUUACACAUUAUUCUUGAAUUAUUAGCUAUGUAAUACUUUUUAAGUUCAUCCCUUAUGCCUUGUAAGGGGGUCAACUUUGUUUUUUUAAAUGGA